GUAAUGUACAUGUACAUAUGUACAUGUACGUAUGUUACAUACACUACACACUGCAUACACUAAAAUCUGCUGGCCGGUGACAUUUUUCCUAGAUAUCUUUUUGUGCGUUAAACAAAAAACAACCCUAAAAGGUGAUGCCAAAAGCGGCAGAACUUGACUGUGAAAGUUUGGAUGUCAAAGCGCCCUGCGCUGACGUUUUUACUCCUGUUAUUAAUUCAUCCUCUGCCGUGGAGUAUAUUCUCGACAAAGUGAGGAAUUUCCUCACUGCAACGCCAGCGAUGCCUCGGUCACAUCACAGACAACGUUCAACUAGUAGGUACUCAAAUCAUUAUCGGCACAGACGGAGGAGGGCCACGCCCUGCAAGAGUUACUAUGGUGAUGAGUACGGGACGCAUAGAUACAGGUCACGAAGCCAGGAACGGAGGAGGGAAAGUUCCUACACUUCAUGUUCGAGAAGACAACACUACCACGACCCCUACCACGAAUACGAGUACAGAGAUUCCCCACCCAGAGGGGGCGGCGGCGGCGGCUACUACGAGCAAGAUUACUACUACCACCGGGAAAGAGAAGAGCCAAGUAGCGACUACCACCACCGCAGUGAUGAGUAUAGGAGGAGUAGACGCCACAGGAAACACAGGCGUCAUCACACGCACAGUAAAUCAUCAGGGAGAAGUCGUAGAGAAGAAGGGCGGAGUACAAGAGAUGAGGGGCGGAGUCAUAGAGAGGAGGUCAAAGGUCGAGGCGUGAUUGAUGAUGAGGAGGGUCACCUCGUGUACCGUGCCGGGGACGUCCUUCAAGCAAGAUAUGAAGUUAUUGGAACGCUCGGAGAAGGAACCUUCGGGAAGGUGAUUGAGUGCAAGGAUAUGCAAUCAGAGGGUAAUAACCACAUUGCCUUGAAGGUCAUCAAGAACAUUGAGAAAUACACCGAAGCAGCUAAGCUGGAGAUUAAUGUUUUAACUAAGUUACUAAGCAGAGAUCCUGACGGCAAGAGUUUAUGUGUGUGUAUGCUAGACUGGUUUGACUAUCAUGGUCACAUGUGUCUAGCCUUUGAGGUACUUGGUCUCAGUGUAUUCGAUUUCCUGAAGGAUAACAACUAUCUUCCAUAUCCAAUUGACCAAGUCCGACACAUGGCGUACCAGUUAUGCUAUGCAGUCAAAUUCAUGCAUGAUAUGAAGCUAGCCCAUACUGACCUCAAACCAGAGAACAUCCUGUUUGUCAGCUCCGACUAUGACAUCCACUAUAACCCAUCAAAGAAACGGGAUGAGAAGACGGUAAGGUGUUCAGAUAUCCGUCUGAUUGACUUUGGGUCAGCGACAUUCGAGCAUGAACAUCAUAGCACUAUUGUCUCUACUAGGCACUACAGAGCAUUGGAAGUAUUACUAGAACUGGGAUGGGAUCAGGCCUGUGAUGUAUGGAGCAUUGGUGCUAUUAUAUUUGAACUUUACACAGGGUUUACACUGUUCCAGACUCAUGACAACAGAGAGCAUCUAUCGAUGAUGGAGGUCAUUCUAGGUCCAAUGCCAUCAACUAUGAUCAAGAAAACUAGGAAGCAGAAGUACUUCUACCGCAACUGUGUGGACUGGGACAAGAACAGCUCCUCGGGGCGUUAUGUCCGCGAGAACUGCAAACCCCUCCACCAUUACAUACGAUCACGAAACUCUGAAGAGCAUCGUUUGCUGUUUGACUUGAUCGAACUCAUGCUGGAGUAUGACCCUGCCAAGAGGCUGACGCUAGCAGACGCUUUGGAUCACCCCUACUUCGAUGAUCUACCAAGCCACCAGAAACUGCAUUCGCCUCUCAGGAAAUCGCAUAGUCUUAGUAGGUGACGGUAGCCACAACCCUCUCACCUGAUAAACCACAGACUAUCUGUUGGAUCAUCUGGAGUAGAAUAGGAUUAGGCUAUUUUUUUUCCCCACCAUGAUGGACAGACUCUCCAGAAUGAAUCUGUGUUUGCAUGUUUUACGACUACCAUGGUGUCGUGUUUGUGUUUGUGUUUUUUUUUUUUU